CGAACUACACCUCCCGUCGGGCUUUGCGCGACGACGAGUUCCGGUUGGGCGGGUUUCCGUUUUCUGAGUCUAACCGUCGCGGCUCGCGCUGGCCGCCCUGAUGCGAUCGCAGGUUUUGAAUUGUUAACGGUCCCCGUGGUUAAAAGUACACUUCUUUUAAUUGAUCUUCUCCCCUCUCGAAGCGUUUAUACGCAUAUUUUUUUUCCGAUUCUGCGAACGAAUUACCGAUGUGAAAGAAAAGAAAUACAUAAAUUCCUUCUGUUCUGUCGCACCGUCUGAGAAGGGAGUUCGUGGUUUUUUUUUCUUUUCGCGGCCCCCAACCUUCCCCCCCGGCCCACCUCCUUUCCCCGGUGUGAGGGGAUUUUCCUAAAGCCCCCUUCCUUCUUCACUCUUGCUUUCGUCCCCGGAGUCCGGGUCCCCUGUCCGGCUGCCGGGAUGGGCUGCACCAUGAGCGCCGAGGACAAGGCGGCGAUGGCCAGGAGCAAAAUGAUCGACCGCAACCUGAAGGAAGACGGCGAGAAGUCGUCCCGGGAGGUCAAACUUCUGCUGCUGGGUGCCGGAGAAUCUGGGAAAAGUACCAUUGUAAAACAAAUGAAAAUCAUUCAUGAGGAUGGGUACUCUGAGGAGGAGUGCAAACAAUAUAAAGCGGUGGUCUAUAGCAAUACAAUUCAGUCCAUCAUUGCUAUAAUCAGGGCCAUGGGGCGUUUGAAGGUUGAUUUUGGAGACCCAACAAGAGCAGAUGAUGCCCGGCAGUUGUUUGUCUUAGCGGGAACCACAGAGGAAGGGAUCAUGACAGCAGAACUUGCAGGAGUUAUCAAACGAUUGUGGCAAGAUGGUGGUGUUCAGGCUUGUUUUGGUAGAUCCAGAGAAUAUCAGCUGAAUGACUCUGCAUCAUAUUAUUUGAAUGAUUUGGAUAGAAUUUCCUUACAAGGCUACAUUCCAACUCAACAAGAUGUUUUGAGGACCAGAGUGAAAACUACAGGCAUAGUGGAGACACACUUCACCUUCAAAGAUUUGUAUUUUAAGAUGUUUGAUGUCGGAGGUCAGAGAUCAGAACGGAAGAAGUGGAUACAUUGCUUUGAAGGUGUAACUGCAAUAAUAUUCUGUGUGGCUCUGAGUGAUUACGAUCUUGUGCUUGCUGAAGAUGAGGAAAUGAACCGAAUGCAUGAAAGUAUGAAACUUUUUGAUAGCAUUUGCAACAACAAGUGGUUUACAGACACGUCCAUUAUUCUGUUCCUGAAUAAAAAAGAUCUGUUUGAAGAGAAGAUUAGGAGAAGUCCUCUGACAAUUUGUUACCCAGAAUAUACAGGAUCCAACACGUACGAGGAAGCUGCAGCGUAUAUUCAGUGUCACUUUGAAGAUCUGAAUAGACGAAAAGAAACCAAAGAAAUCUACACUCAUUUCACAUGUGCCACAGAUACCAAGAAUGUGCAAUUUGUGUUUGAUGCAGUGACAGAUGUCAUCAUCAAAAAUAAUUUGAAGGAAUGUGGAUUAUACUAGGACUUGUUAUUGAGAGCACACUCAGGUUUUUUUUGUUAAUAAAAGAGCCUGCAGGUGGACCAUUUUAUUCCCUGGUUAUGCUGCCUGGCAGAGGUUAAAAGCGAAAUGACUGACGUCAUGAGGGAGGCUGCAUGCAAGAUAUUCAAUACUAAAUACGUAUUAUGAACACUUUUUUUUUUUAAAUUGUGUUUUAGUCUGAAAUGAGUAAUGUACAUAAUGUACUUUUAACUGAUUCAGCACUGUUGGGGGGAAAGAAAAAUUUUGCUUUUUCAUUUCCAGUUCUUUUUGUCUUUGGUUUGUUGAUACACAAUUGUAUUGAAUGAUUGAUAGGUGACUCAAUCUAUGACCAUUGUUAUUUUUUUGGAUGGUAUUUCAUUAAGUGUUUUUGAUCCCUAUUUCUUGCAAAAUAUAGCUAAACUUUAUAGCGAGAGUUGUUGAAACUUGUUUUGUUAUAACUGAUCAUCACUGCUUUCAAUCAUUCUAAUUGACGUUUGAACCAAUAUGAAAUUCAAGGAUUGUAUUAAGUUGUAUUUCUUUUUAACAUAUAAGAAAUUAUGUUCUAUGAUAGUAGAACUGAUUAGCCCAACAAAAAGAGAAACUAAAUACUUCUGUAGCCCAAAAACCAUUGCAAGUAAUUUCAAGUGUAUUUGUCCAGUUAAAAAGCAAUAUUAAGAUCCACAGAAUAUAGCGACUCGUGAACUGAUGAUUUAGCAACUUAGUAUUAUCCUCUAGCUAUAUGUAAAACUAUGCACUGCCAUUGAAAUUUCAAGUGCCAUCUAUUGUUCAAAGUUUGCCAAAUAAUAAAACAAUGCAUGGCUUUAAAUCUAGCCGGUUAAAUUCAAGCCAAACUUUUUUUCCUAAUGAAUUACCUGCUAUGUUUUACCUAUUUUUAUUUCAGGUUUGAAAUCUGUUGAUUUUUUUUUAACUGCAGUGAUUUUGAUCUGGAACUCCAUUAAACUGAGUUCAUGCUUCCUGUUCAUUUCAGAAUGUUAAUAAAAUUACCGUGACCUAAAAAGAAUUUUGAAUAUCAGUUAUGAUCUGUGAAGUAGAAUUGUACUUCUGUCACUAGAUUAUUUUCAUAAUAUAGCACUGCCAUGUAGACCACAAGAAAAAAAAAAUCAUUAAAAAUCUAACCUAAUAUUUUAAGAGGUGAUAGCUAUUUAGGAACUUCCUUUUAUCAGUCUUUGCCAUAGUUGUUCAUAACAUUUACCAUGGUUGGUUCACUUGCCAUAGUAUUGUUAAAUAUUGCCAUGUUUAUAACAAGGAAUCCCUGUGAACUCUGCAGGUUCUAUCUUUCCCAUGCAUCUGCACACUUAAAGUAGUUGUCACAUUUGAGUUAUGUUGAAGAUUACAAGUCACUUUUUUAAAGCUAUCUCUGAAAGCUCAUCAAGCAAGUACAUCUUCCAUUCCAAUCCAUUUUUAUGAUCAUUAGGUUAUGUGUAUUUAUUGUCAAGAAUUGGUAUGUUUGUUAACAGAUUCUUUUCUACAUGAAUUUGCCAAUGUUAUUGCCCUUGGGCCUCAAACCCAUGUUACGCAAAGAAGUUUUAGAGAGAAAGUGAUGGUUGUGAAUGAGGGGAUAAGUGAUUUUGAAUGGGCAUUUUUAAGUGACUGAAUCAAAAUGAAGUCAAAACCUUGCUGUUAGUGAAGCUUGGUUUUAAAUCCCAUGGUAAUUGCAUUUUUAAAUAAUCAUUGUACAUUGUUGUUAUAGUAAAUAUAUACUUAUAGCAAUACGCGUUUUCUGUAUUUUUGUUCCAUUUGUUGCCUCUCCUGAAUGAACAGUUUUGUUUGUAUUUCUAUUACUCCUAUGUUUGAGGCUGGACCGGAAUUCCUUCUGUGAUCUGUCACUGCUGGAAUAAGUGCCAUAUAUUGAAGAAUUUCCUGUACAUAACUUGUGAUAUCAUAAUUGUCAUAAUCAUUAUUGUUUACAAGGGACUUUGAUACAUAUUUGGCAACAGAAUUUUAAGGGAAUGGGAAGUUUGGACCAAAAUAGACUGGCUUCUUCUGAUCAAUUUUUAUGAUGUGCGUUUGAAUAGCAAUCCUUUUUACAGGAUUUGAUGUGAGCGUGACUCAUAGAACAUGGAUGUGGGAGAGUGGGAGGAGAUUACUUUUUUAAAAAUUCUUAAGUUGCCAGUUGAUGAGCUACAUGUAGUACAAGCUAAACAAGAACUUGGUGACCUUCAUUAUCCUCACUUUUCCAUAACUGAAGAUUUUAUCUCGAUCUGAGACACCUUUGGAGAAAAGCUACCCUAUGUAUAUUGAUCAUCAUGGUUAAAUGUAGAAUAAAACAAUUCAGUGGGAAAAGUAACCAAUUCAUUCUCAAGACAGUUUUUUAAUUUCUGUAGAUAUUGCUGUGCAUUUUAAGAAUAAAGGCAGUUGCCCAUUGUACUUUUAA